UCUCAAGCCUCCACUUCUUCACCUACCUCUCUCAACACUACCAUUUUUCUCUGCCCCAAAACUCUGUCGUUUUGAUGGAAGUCGCGGUGAUAUUCAACAGGCUGGACGAUUUCGAGGUCUCCCUGCAAAACCCAUCGCUGCUUUCUCGGGUUAUUUUGCUCUCCAAAUGGGGCGCGUUGAUUCUUGCACUGGUCGCGUCUCUGGGCACCAUAGUGAACAGAUUCAAGGUUUUGAUCGUCAAGCUCCGGAGACAGAAGUCGAUAGCUAAAGAGCCUCUUUUGAAGUUCGCCAACGAUGAUGAUUUUGACAGCGAAGACGAAACUUGUUCCUCAUCGUCAUCUUCUUUCGGAGAUGACCAAGAAGAAGAAGAUGAUGAUGAUGAUGACGACGACGACGACAAACCCGAAUGGGAUCGUUGCCGAUCUACGGAUGAAGAUUUCCGGGUGGCCGGUGGGUCGGGUCGAUACGCGGAAGGCGAAGGGCAUAAUCGUAAAAAUAAGUUCCGGCGACGGUUCUCGUGGGCGGACUUCGCCGGCGGCGGGAGCGUCGUGAAGCUCUGGGACCAUCUGGGGUUAGGGUUGGACUUCGAUGUCGACGAUGACUCGUCGGAAAGUUUGAUCUCCGUCUAUGACACCAACAAAGAGAAGGGAAUUUGCUCCCAUAUUGGCGGCAAACGACUCUUUCCGACGGUGUCAACGUCGUCCUCCCCGCCGAUGAUAUUGACGGCGGCGAGGGCUAGCUGUUCCGGGGGCGUGUCGCUGCGCGUGUGGGACACACGCGUCCGGUGUCGAAUACCGGCAAUACUCGCCGAGUGGACCCGGCGGCCCCAGCUCGGAAAGAUGGUGGGCCAUGUCGGAUUCGGUGGCGUCGAGAAGCUCUACGUCAGGGAUGACACUAACGGUGACCUAACCAUUGGAGACGUGAGGAAUAUUAGCUCGCCAUUAGCGAGUUUAACUGGAUCCGACGAAUAUCUCCACGAAUGAGUAACGAAGCGGUGCACGGAACUGACUCUGUCGUGACUCGCUGUAAAUUCGCUGUUAAUUUAUCUUGGCUGUGGAAGUGGCCAAAACAACAGAAAAUUGUGAAAAAAUUAGGGGAGGCCACUUUAUAAAUAUUUAUAUUUUCUUAGACUUGAUAAUUUUUUUAUUUUUAUUUUUCCUUUUUAUUCCAUCACAUAUUGCUUGUGAUUCAGCAAUAGGAUCUUUGAUUCUUAAUGUGGGCAAGUAAAUAAAAAAAUCAUU